UAGAAGAAUGGAGGAAAAUUUGAAGCUUGCUUCAGUGGAAGAUGCUGUGGAAUAUCACCUGUUCCUUAUACCAAAUGAACCCAGGAACCCAGAAAACCAGAAAGAGAUUCUCAUGAAGUAUAUUGAGAGAAUAAUGACCCAGUUUGCACCCAUGCUGGUCCCCUAUAUCUGGCAGAAUCAGCCUUUCAACCUCAAAUACAAACCUGGGAAAGGCGAUAUUCCUGCUCAUAUAUUUGGCAUGACCAAAUUUGGAGAUAACAUUGAAGAUGAAUGGUUUAUUGUUUACAUAAUAAAGCAGAUUACAAAGGAAUUCCCAGAGUUAAUAGCAAGGAUUGAAGACAAUGAUGGUGAAUUCUUGUUAAUAGAAGCUGCUGAUUUUCUUCCUAAAUGGUUGGAGCCUGAUAACAGUACUAAUAGGGUAUUUUUCCACCAUGGAGAGUUGUGUAUUAUUCCAGCACCAAGGAAACAUGCAGCUGUAUCCUGGUUACCCACUGCAGUCCCAACAAUCCUCCAAGCCCUGGAUAUCAUCUCCACACACCCAGAAAAAACUGUGGCUUCAGAAUCUAUACGAGCUGCUGUGAAUAAGCGCAUCAGAGGGUACCCAGAAAAAAUCCAAGCCUCCCUUCAUCGCGCCCACUGCUUCCUUCCGGCGGGCAUAGCAGCAGUAUUGAGGCAGCGCCCCAGAUUGGUGGCUGCAGCUGUCCAGGCCUUUUACUUGCGAGACCCUUUUGAUCUGCGAGCCUGUCGUGUUUUCAAAACAUUCUUACCUGAUACACGAAUAAUGACCUUGGUGACUUUCACUAAAUGCCUAUAUGCACAGUUAGCACAACAAAGGUUUGUGCCUGACCGACGGAGCGGAUACCAGCUACUUCCUCCAUCGCAUCCCCAGUACCGAGCCCAUGAAUUGGGCAUGAAAUUGGCCCAUGGAUUUGAGAUUUUGUGCUCCAGAAGUAGCCCCCACUUUUCUGACUCCAAGAAAUCUCGUGUUACUACUUCACCACUAUGGGCUGGCUUCCUUGACAGUCUGAAAAAGAACGAUUACUUUAAGGGACUGAUUGAAGGCUCUGCUCAGUACCAAGAAAGGCUUGAGAUGGCAAAGAACUACUUCCAAUUGUCUGUAAACCAUCCAGAAAGUUCUCUCGCUAUGAGCCCAGGUGAAGAAAUCUUAACAUUAUUACAGACAAUACCAAUUGACAUAGAAGAGUUUAAGAAAGAAGAAAGUAAUCUUCCCCCUGAAGAUGAUGAUCAGUGGUUAGAUCUUUCUCCAGCUCAGCUGGAUCAGCUGCUUCAGGAAGCUGCUGGCAAAAAAGAGGCAGAGCCAGUUUCCAGGGAAGAAGACCAGAACUAUGACCUAACUCAAGUCUCAGAAAGCAUGAAAGCUUUCAUAUCCAAAGUCUCAACGCACAAGGGCGCAGAGCUUCCUCGAGAAACUUCAGAGCCUCCAAUAACUUUUGAUGCAGAUUCUUUUCUUAACUAUUUUGAUAAGAUUUUAGGGCCAAGACCUCAUGAAUCCGACUCUGAUGAUCUGGAUGAGGAAGACUUUGAAUCUUUAGACAGUGAUGAUGACUUGGACCUUGAAGCCCAAGAGCCUGGGGAAGAGGCAUCUCUGAAGGGGACUCUUGAUAAUCUGAAGUCAUACAUGGCCCAGAUGGACCGGGAACUGGCGCACACCAAUAUUGGCAAAAGUUUCACCACCCAGAAGCAAAUGGAACCUGUAUCCCAGAAUACCAAUAACAAUUCAGAUGAGGAAGAUUCUUGUGCCGGAGAGUCGGCUAUGUCUCCUGUGGAUGUGGACUUGAAUCUGGUUUCAAAUAUAUUGGAAUCCUAUAGUUCCCAAGCUGGACUGGCCGGACCUGCAUCCAACCUUUUACAAAGCAUGGGAGUGUGCCUGCCUGACAAUACUGACCACAGUCCCUGCAGUAUGCCAGCAAAACAUUAACCAGCCCACCCAGCAUCUAUUCGUUCUCCUUAAAUAAACACCGGAUCUGACUGUGUUCA